GGAGGGAGGGCAGAGCAGGGCACAGGAGACCAAUAAGGAGCACAGGAGGAGAAGCAGAGCCAUUCGGUGCUAAAAUGGAAAAAGCGGCCGUCCUGGCGACAGCGCUGUGCCUGUGGGCCAUCUGCCUGGGCGGCGUGGGCGGCGUGGGCGGCGAGGGCGGCGAGAGCCUGGAGAACGACACUGGAGCCGGCAGCCCGGAGACAGGGACCGUCCCUCAGGAUGAUGACACGAAACCGCUCCAGAGCCCAGAGACCAAAGAGGGGCAGGACAUCGAGGGGGAAGAUGAGGAACCCGAAGACCCAGAACCCACCUCUUCUCUUUCUGACUUUGAAACUUCCUACAACUAUGUCUUGUCCAGGCUGAUGUCCACGGACCAGGCCAUCCACAGACUCAAUGUUGGACACUAUAUGCUGGACGUGAAACUGACGCAGCUGCUGGACAGGCUGUCCCGCCUGGAUGCCAAACUCGGUGAGAUGGACAACGAAAUACAGCAGGUGUUUGCGCUCAGCAAGGAGAACCGCAAGGAGAUUGGAAGGCUGGAAGGCUGCCAGAAAGGUCGCCGGGUGGGACACAAGUGUUUCCUGGUGUUCCGAACGUACGAGUCGUAUGCGGGGGCGUCGCAGAGCUGUCAGGAGCGAGGCGGCCGCAUGGCCAUGCCCCGUGACCGAAAGGAGCAGGAAGCGCUGGCCGACUACGCACGCGGCUUCUUCCACCCGGGAAACUGGCCCAUUUGGCUGGGCAUCAAUGACCUGCGCUCGGAGGGGCUCUACCUGUUUGACGACGGCACUCGGGUCACCUACUUCCAGUGGCGCAAGCACUACCUGUCCAGCCAGCCAGACGGCGGCAAGCGCGAGAACUGUGUGGCCAUAUCCUCGGACGACGGCGACUGGUGGGAUAAUUACUGUGACAGGCGCAUGUUCUACCUCUGCGAGUUCGAUGUCUGAGCUCUGCCCACCCAGACUCACCCGGUGGGAUCAAUUCCCCAGGAAGAUGUGGGAAAAGAAAAAAAUAAUCUAGGCUUGGCUUUACAUGUAGCAAAAAUAUGUUCUGCCCUUUAGCUAAGGACAGAAAGUUAUUCCAGAUCAUGUACACAUAUUCGGUCAUAUUUGUACUGGACCUCCUGUUUUAACUGUAUAUUUUUGUCUUAAUGACUUGUGGGCCAGUUAACAUGACCCCGGCCUCCUUUUCCAGAGUCCAAUCAGACCUGUGCGUCUGAAAUCUUCUGGAAAAUUUCAUUUUGCUUUGAAUUCAUGGAAAAUACAAAAAAAAAUUGAAAAUGAGAUAUUGUGGAGAGAUCUGGCAAGGAAUCACUUCACAGGGUGUUUGCUCACAAUACUUGACCAUGGAGGUGCUUAUAUUUUUAAUCAACUUCAUACUACAAUUAAUGUUACAAUUAAACUUCUGUAAGGUGAGCAGGAAUUUUUUUUUAAA